CUCUGCUACAUUUGUUUCUCUCUCGUUUCAUCCUUUGCUUUCCAAAAUAAAUGAGCACCGAGCUUUAACUUUGAAAAUAUCAGAGCGGAAGUGAUAUCGCAAUAGGUUUCCUGUUGUUUGUUUUGGGAUAGCAUCUUAAAAGCUACUACUUAAACCCUAAGUUUGUAUUGUACAGCUUAUUCAUUUCCAACAAAUGGACUGUUGCAUUGUGUCCGCAUUGUGGUAUUUUCUAGUAUUUUAUUUACUAUUUCACUUCCUGUGCUUCAUUUUCGCGGAUGCAGACUUCACUUUGCUGUGGGCUAGUCUGGUAGGACACAGGCCAGAGACUAAGCUGAAAGGUUUAGUGGUGUGGAUCACUGGAGCCUCCAGCGGGAUCGGAGAGGAGCUGGCAUACCAGCUGGCAAGGUGUGGGUCACGUCUCAUCCUGUCAGCUCGACGUGAGGAUGAGCUAAACAGGGUAAAACGGUGCUGUUUAGAACAGUCCAACCUCCAGGAUGAAGAUAUUUUUGUUCUUCCACUUGAUUUGUUGGAGAGGGCGUCGCAUGAGGAAAAGAUGAAAACUGCAAUCCAGCACUUUGGACAUGUUGAUAUCCUAAUAAACAAUGGUGGCCGAAGCCAGCGUUCUCUGUUCUUAGAGACCAAUGUUGAUGUGUACCAGGCCUUGAUGGAGCUCAACUUCCUGGGUACGGUCUCCAUCACCAAGCAGGUGCUGCCUCACAUGACAAAGCGAGGCACAGGGAGCAUUGUGACUGUCAGCAGUGUGGUUGGCCUCGCUGGGGCGCCGCUGGGAACAGGAUACUCUGCCAGCAAGCAUGCUCUUCAGGGAUUCUUUAAUUCCCUUCGGACUGAGCUGACUGACUAUCCAGAACUACUCAUCAGCACAGUGUGUCCAGGGCCUGUGCAAUCGCAGAUCGUCCACAACGCCUUCACAGAAGAGCUGAACAAGCCUGUGGCCACAGCUGGCAACCAGGAAUACAAGAUGCCAACAAGCCGCUGUGUGCAUUUAAUGCUGGUGGGAAUUGCCAAUGGUAUCAAGGAAAUGUGGAUCGCAAAGCAGCCCUUCCUCCUGUUCAACUACGCCUGGCAAUACACUCCCACAAUUGCCUGGUUCAUCACAAACAUCUUGGGCAAGAAAAGGGUGCAGAAUUUCAAAGCUGGUAUGGAUGCAGACUCUUCAUACUUCACAAAGCCCAAGACCUCUUGAAAGGCUCAUCCUGAGGAGGAAUGUGUUCAUAUUAAAUGUUCACCUUGGAGAGUGAGAUGGUUUUUGCCUCAUCUAGAAUGAAACAUUCAAGGACACAACUGCUUCAGCAGCUUAGAGCUCUCUUGCCAGGGCAUGACAAGCCUGACAAACAUGGGAUAAUCCUGUUUUGUACCGUUUGUCAGUCUUGUUAUGCUUGUUAUAAAAUCAGUACUCAGUAGUUUUCUGCCCUAGCAAAUUUGUGCAGUGAAACAUAAAACAGCUUCUGCCAACCUAUUUUAUUAUAAAUAUAUACAAUUACACAUAUAAAAACAGGAGGCUAUGGACAUAUUCUUUUAACUCUUCAUUCUAAGUUGUAAACAAGUGUAAACAAAACAGCACUAAACACCUUACACAUACAACAAGACAUACUUGAGGCACAUCCUUGAUAACUUUAAACAAAACAAUAUUCUUGUCCAUUUUUGUGGAGUGGAAAUCACCUGGAAAUUGUAAAAUCUAAAAGGUAUAAUAAAAUAAGAGGUAUUCAACAGAA